AUGCUCAAUUUUCUGAAAUCGUCUCUUCUAUUGACGUUGUUGUUUCUGGUAGGCGAGCCUGCGAUGGGCAAGAACCACUGCACGGAUAAAUGUGGGCAUGUUCGUAUUCAAUUUCCAUUUUAUCUCAUAAACAAGAAGCAAACCACUGACUACCCCCCUGAGUUUGGUCUGUUAUGCACCCAAAAAAACGAGGCUAUGAUGGAGCUACCUGCUGUUCCAAUAAAAUUGUUUGUCAGAAACAUCGAUUACAAAUCUCAGCAAAUUGAAAUAUAUGACCCACAAAAUUGCCUUGUCGGUCAACUCUUGAAACUCGGGAACGCAUCCAUUUCUCCAUUCCAAUUCCAUACAUAUGAUUAUGGUCCUAAAAAGUUUAACGUUUCUUUCUUCCAUUGCGACUCACUGUCGUGCCCUAUUUUGGUACAAGAAUCCGACAACGAGGUCACUGACCCCCAACUAAUAUCCUGCACGAAGCUGAAAGAUGUUUUGUCCGUCAAGUGGAUGAGUUCGUAUUAUGCGGAGAUGUUGGUUAUGGAAUGGUCGAAACCUCAUUGUCGAUACUGUGAAGCACGAGGCCAGAAGUGUAAAUGGAAGAAUGGUACUAACGGUGGAACUGAAUGUUCCAUUUGCAGAACAAAAAGGAUUCCAGCAUCAACUAUUGUACUCAUUGCUGCAGGAGGAGUAGUUGGUUUGAUAAUUUUUCUGCUACUGGUCAAGGCAUUGUUUUAUGUAUAUGACUAUUAUGAGAAGAAGGAAGAAGACCGGGCUCGAAUAGAGAAAUUCUUGAAGGAUUACAGGGCAAUGAAGCCUACCAGAUUCACUUACGCUGACAUCAAGAGAAUUACAAAUGGGUUCUGUGAGAGUUUGGGGGAAGGAGCGCAUGGAGCAGUGUUCAAAGGAAUGCUCUCCCGUGAAAUUCUUGUUGCUGUAAAGAUACUCAAAGACACAGUGGGAGAUGGGAAAGAUUUCAUAAAUGAAGUGAGAGCCAUUGGGAAAAUUCAUCAUGUUAACGUUGUUCGCUUGCUUGGUUUCUGUGCAGAUGAGUUCCACCGUGCUCUUGUCUACGAUUUCUUUCCAAGUGGGUCGCUGCAGAGAUUCUUGGCUCCACCAGACAACAAGGAUGUUUUCCUUGGUUGGGAGAAGUUGCAACAAAUUGGUCUUGGUGUUGGCAGAGGAAUUGAGUACCUCCACCUUGGGUGUGAUCAUAGAAUACUUCACUUUGAUAUUAAUCCUCACAAUGUUUUGCUAGAUGACCUUUUCGUCCCAAAAAUCACUGAUUUUGGACUUGCCAAGUUGUGUCCAAAAAAUCAAAGCACGGUGUCUAUGACUGCAGCCAGGGGAACUUUGGGCUAUAUUGCCCCUGAAGUUUUCUCUCGGAACUUUGGUAAUGUGUCUUACAAGUCUGACAUUUACAGCUAUGGAAUGUUGCUGUUAGAAAUGGUUGGAGGAAGAAAGAAUACCAAUGUGUCAGUUGAGGACAGUUUCCAAGUUCUGUACCCAGAGUGGAUCCAUAAUUUGCUGGAAGGCGGAGACGUGCAAAUUAGCAUUGAGGAUGAGGGAGAUGCUAAAAUUGCCAAGAAACUUGCCAUUGUAGGACUUUGGUGCAUUCAAUGGAACCCAGCGGACCGUCCUUCCAUGAAAACUGUGGUACAAAUGCUUGAAGGGAACGGAGAUGAGUUAACAGCACCCCCUACUCCUUUCGACAUCUCCGGUUCUUCUAGAACACAUGCCGUUGUUUCGCCAAGACAUCAAAAUUUUGAGUUGGAAGUUAUUCAUGAAAUAGACGAAAACAAUGUCGAUCACUUUUAG